AUGGUGCUGUUUGCGGUGCUGGCCAUGGGGCAGGCGAGAACCGUAACAGGUCAGGUAAAGGAUGAAAAGGGAGACCCUGUUCCUUUCGCCACCAUUAAGAUUAAGGGCGCAAAAGCCGCAGUGGCGGCGGAUCAAAAUGGCAGCUUCUCCAUUGAGGCGCCGGCCAAUGCUGUACUCACCAUCAGCGGUGCAGGAUUUGAAACAGCCGACAUAGCCACCGGCAAUAACAGCACUGUUUCAGCCGUGUUGAAAGCACAGAACAACAUGCAGGAAGUGGUAGUAACGGCACUGGGCAUCCGCAGAAACAAAAAUGAGCUGGGUUAUUCUGCCCAACAGGUAACCGGCGAGGAAGUAAGUAAAAACAGGAGCAGUAAUUUUGCCGCCAAUCUCUCCGGUAAAGUAUCCGGACUUGAAGUAAGACAAAACAAUGCACUGGGAUCUUCUACCAACGUAAUAUUAAGAGGGGUUAAAUCUUUAACAGGAGAUAACCAGGCGCUGUUUGUAGUAGAUGGCGUGCCUUUUAACAAUGCCAAUACCAAUACUGCCGGUCAGAAGGAAGGUGGCGGUGGAUACGACUAUGGUAAUGCUGCAGCAGACAUCAAUCCAGAUAAUAUAGAAUCUAUUUCUGUAUUGAAAGGUGCAGCAGCCAGCGCACUCUAUGGUUCUAUUGGCGCCAAUGGUGUCAUUCUAAUUACUACCAAGAAGGGUAAACGCGGACUGGGCAUCACUGUUAAUUCCGGCGUAGUAGUAGGUUCAGUUGACAAAUCCACCCUGCCUGAAUACCAGAAUGAAUAUGGCGGAGGAUAUGGGGCCUAUUAUGAAGAUGCCACCGGCCGCUUUUUCAGCAGGGAUAUUAAUGGAGACGGUAUAGACGACCUGGUUACACCCACCAGCGAAGACGCUUCCUAUGGUGCUAAAUUCGAUCCCAACCUGCAGGUGUACCAAUGGGAUGCUUUUGAUCCCAGUUCUCCCAACUAUGGCAAAGCACGCCCCUGGGUAGCCGCCGCCAAUAACCCCAAUUCCUUUUUUGAACAUCCUGUUUCUUUAAACAACAGCGUAUUCAUCAACAGCGGUUCAGAAAAAGGCAAUUUUAAACUGGGUUAUACCCGUAAUGACGAUAAGGGAUUACUGCCCAACAGCAGUAUCAUAAAAAACAUUGUAGACUUUGGCGCUACCUAUAAUAUUACGCCCCGGUUAACAGCAGGCGCCUCCGUCAAUUUCUCCAACGUAAAUGGUAAAGGCCGUUAUGGUACCGGUUACGAUGGUGCCAGCGCACGCAAUGUAAUGACCAAUUUCCGGGAAUGGUUUCAGACCAAUGUGGAUAUUAAAGAACUGAAAGACGCUUAUUUCAGAACAAAGAAAAAUGUUACCUGGAACUGGGCCGACCCAGACAACCUGGUGCCCAUCUUCUGGGACAAUCCUUAUUUUGUACGCUACCAGAAUUAUGAAACUGAUACGCGUAACCGCUAUUUCGGUAAUGUAAACCUGAACUACAAAUUAACCGACUGGCUCAAUAUCCUGGGCCGUGUAUCGGUAGACAAUUACAGCGAAAUCCAGGAAGAAAGAAAAGCGGUAGGUUCUGUUGGCGUUCCUUAUUAUUCACGCUUUAACCAUAGCUGGAAUGAAACCAACUACGACCUGCUGAUCAACUUCGAUAAAAAAGUAUCCAACGACGUUGCCAUUAAAGCACUGCUGGGUACCAAUAUCAGGAAGCAACGCGAUCAGAGUAUUUUCGGUAUUACCAACGGUGGUCUUUUUGUACCCGGUAUUUAUUCACUGAACAAUUCACUGAAUGCGCCCAAUGCCCCCACGGAAGCAGACCGCAGAAGGGAAGUACAGGGUGUAUUUGCCGGAGGCACCAUUGGCUGGAGAAAUAUGCUUACCCUGGAUGGAACCAUCCGCAGGGAUGCCUCUUCUACCCUUCCAAAGGGCAACAAUACUUACUAUUACCCAUCCGUAUCACUGGGCUUUGCCUUCUCUGAGCUGAUGAAGGGCUCGCCCUGGCUGUCUUACGGAAAACUGCGGGCCAACUAUGCUGAAGUGGGCAACGAUGCGCCUAUCUACAGUGUAAAUGAUGUUUACAAUGUAUUGCCCCCCAUUGGUUCUGUUGGCCAGGCUACCGUGCCCAGCAUUAAAAACAAUGUGAACCUGCGGCCAGAGCGUACAAAGAGUGCAGAAGCAGGCCUGGAAAUGGCGUUCCUGAAAAAUCGUGUAGGUUUUGACGUUACCUAUUACCAGACAAAAACCAUUGACCAGAUAGUACCCGUAACCCUGUCUACUUCUACCGGUUAUACGGCUUACUACCUUAACUCCGGUACCGUUCAGAACAGGGGUAUUGAAUUAAGCGUUUAUGGUACACCGUUUAAAACAGCUGAUUUCUCCUGGACCAUCAAUGUAAACUGGACACGCAACAGGAAUAAAGUACUGGCCCUGUUUAAAAAUGACCUGGGCGAAGAAUCACAAAACCUGGUAUUGGGUUCUUACCAGGGCGGCGUAACACUGAAUGCCUCAUUGAACCAGCCUUAUGGCACCAUCCGCGGUACAAACUUUAUCUAUACCAACGGACAGAAAACAGUGGAUGCGGGAGGUGAUUACCUGAAGUCGGCUACUUCCAAUGAGGUAAUCGGCAAUAUCAACCCCGACUGGAUAGGUGGUGUCAACAACUCAUUUAAAUACAAGAAUGUUGCUUUCAGUUUUCUGAUUGAUGUAAGAAAAGGCGGUAGUGUUUUCUCAACAGACAUGUACUAUGGUCUGGCUACCGGUUUGUACAAAGAAACUGCGGGCCUUAAUGAUUUGGGCAAUCCGUCCAGGAAUGAUCUGGCAGACGGUGGCGGAUUUAUCAGGCCGGGUGUUACACAGGAUGGCAAAGCCAAUAUCACCAGGACCAGCAACAGUGAUUAUGGCGCCUAUGGCUAUUCCAUUAACCCCGACGCGGCUUUUGUAUAUGAUGCCAGUUAUGUAAAACUGCGUGAAGCGGUGCUUACUUAUUCUUUACCCGCCAAAACCAUUGCACGUAUUAAACCCUUUAAAGGAAUCGACUUUUCAUUGAUUGGAAGGAAUUUGUGGAUCAUCCAUAAAAACCUGCCUUAUUCUGAUCCUGAAGAAGGUUUCAGCUCAGGCAACCUGCAGGGUUUCCAAACCGGUGCUUAUCCUGCUAUCAGGUCUUUUGCUUUCAAUGUUAAAUUAAAUUUCUAA